AUGGUAGAUGAUUAUAGUUUCUCAAUUUCUUAUCAAAAAGCUUUGAGAGCUAGAGAGAAAGCUAUAGAGAAUGUUAGAUGCUGCCCACAAGAUUCAUACAGUGAAAUAUCUGCAAUUUUAUACAUGAUGCAAAAACGCAACCCAAGAACAGUAGUAGACAUUGUCACAGAUGAAGACAGAAGGUUCAAGUAUCUUUUCUUUGCUGUAGGGGCUUCAAUUAAAGGUUGGCAACAUUGUACUCCAUUACUUGUCACUGAUGGAACUUUCUUAAAAAACCCACAUGGAGGAACAUUACUAAUUGCUAGUGCCCAAAAUGCCAAUAGACAUAUAUUCCCACUUGCAUUUGCUGUUGUAGACUCUAAAAAUGAUGAAUCUUGGGAUUGGUUCUUCCACAAAUUAAAAGAAUCAUACGGUGAAAGACAAGGCCAAUGCAUCAUUUCAGAUAGACAUGAAAACUUGGACAAUAUUGAUGAAAAAAUAAGACCUUGCUUGUUCAAUGAAGUUGGUGUAGAAAAAUGGACAAGGUUGUACAACAACAACAAGCGAUACUCAACAAUGACAUCUAAUAUCGCAGAAUUUGUGAAUGUAGCAAUCAAAGAGAUAAGAGAAUUACUGAUUGCUACAUUACUAAAAUGUCUUCACUCUUUGGUUGGAACAACAAACCUACUUAUAUUCACAGUACAUGAUGUGACAAAAUCUUACAUAGUAGACCUGGAGAAACGAACAUGCACAUGCCAAAAAUUUCAAUAUGAUGAAAUGCCUUACUCCCAUGUAAUGGCUGCAUUAACCAAAACGCAUUUGUCUUCCGAUGACUACUGCUCAUACUACUACACAAAAGAAGCUUUUAUAGUAGCAUAUGAAGAUACCAUACUACCAUUUGGUGAUGCAAAUUCCUGGGAUAUACUUAAUGAGAUGAAGCAAAUCAUUGUUCUACCACCAAAACAUAAGAGACCAGCAGGGUGCCCAAAGGCACAAAGAUACAAAUCUGCACUAGAAUCAAAAACAAAAACACAAAAUAAAUGUGGAAGGUGCAAACAAAAAGGACACAACCGGCAAACUUGCAAAAAUGAACCAGUCCUAAAGAAAAAGAAAAACAAAUGA